GCCAGGAGAAAACGACUUCUAUUAAUAGUUGCAGAAGAGAAGAGCAUCUUUGUCGGGAGUUUGGUAUCCCGUGUCUCCACGGUUUUUAUCCGAAAAUAUAUAUAAAACAUAAAUAUUAGUUGUCCAUUCCUUUGUGAAUUAAAAAUCAUUUGAUAAUUCCAUCAUACAUUUGAUAAUUCUAUCAGAUAGUAGUUUAUAAAUAAAAGUUUAACGAAUACUGGUUUAUAGUGGCACGAAUAUUGGUGUGCUGGUAUUACUGCUGAUGGAAAACAAGCAGGUCUAGUGUGGUGAAUGUACGAUGUGCCUAGACUGUUACGAAAAUAGAUCUAGGGAAUUAGAGUUGCGGUUUGGAGUAGAAGAAAACUAAGAAAUAAGAGAAGAAGAAGAAGAAGAGUAGAGAGAGGUAAAGUUAAAUAGUUGGACAAAGACAUAAGAAGAAGACUUUGCGAAGACAGAGAAAUAGAAUUUGGUUUAGUCGAAGACACUGAACUUGGGAUGAUUCUCGGAGGUUGCUACAGCAAUAAGCCGUUGCUACUGGAACGAAGUUAAAAUCACGUUGGUGCGAAUCUAAAUAAAGAACUAUAGUUAGGAAUGAGUGAGUGAGUGAGUGAGUGAGUGAGUGAGUGAAAGAAAAGAAAAGAAAAGAAAAGAAAAGAAAAGAGAGAGAAAGAGAGUGGGGGAGUCAUCGGUGUUCCAAGAGAGGGAUUUGUGAGUAAGAAUGGUAGAACGAAACGCGUGCACCACCAGCACCAGCAGUAACAGCAACAGCAGUAGUAACAGUAACAACAGUAACGAUAACAGUAACAACGUUAAUAUUAUUAACAACAGUAACGUGAAUAAGAACAAUACCGUGUCCCUAAAUGCCGUGUCAAACGUUGCCCGUGAAAGUGGAAUUUUCGAGGAAAGUGUUGGAUUGGAUGAAUUGACGAGUUUGCGUCGUGCAAGUGGUGCAAGAUUUUCUAUUUUCAAAUGGUUCAAACGUGCCGGUAGUCGAGCAUCUACGAUUGAAAAAAGAAGAAAGAUACUGGAUAAGAUUUCACGUAGCGAAGAAAAAGAAGAAGGGGAAGAGGAAGAAGAAGAAGAAGAAGAAGAAGAAGAAGGAACAGCUGAAGAAGAAGAAGAAGAAAAUGGAGGACAACAGAGCGUAUCUUCCAGUGCGGAUAGUGUAGACACGUUUUAUAGUACAACAACUGUACGAAGUUUCGCAUUUCAUAGUGGUGGACUAAUAACUGGUAAAGAAUUGUCAUUGGAUAUUUUGAAGCAGGCUGCUGAGGUAGGACCUUUCGCAGCUGGUGCUUCGAAAUUGGUUCCUAACAAAGAGAACACGGUCGCGGAUGUCGCCUGUACGUUACCUUCGAACGUUCAUUCGCGUAGAAGGGAUAUCACUGCGAGAUAUUCCCUUCAACCAACAACGACAAGUUACUCAUCCUGCGAUAAUUUACCAUUACCGGAGAAAAGACCACUUUCCGGUUCCUUGAGAAUAAGACAUCAUCACCAUCAUCAUCAUCAUCAUCAUCAUAAUCACCAAAAUAAAAAGGAAUUGGGUGGUAUAGAAAUAAACGCAGUUAGACGUAAGGUCCACGUUAAAGGUAAAAGAAGAGCACCGAAUCCACCGGAGGAAAAAGAAUUAUCAACAAAGAUCACCGAGGUCGAUGUACUACCACCACCACAAUUACAACCACAACCACCACUACUAACACCAGUGGUUGUCUUAGUAGCUCCAUCAAAAAAUAGCAACAGACGAAAGAGACCAGCGCCGAGACCACCAGAAAAUCACGAUACUUCUUCUUUAUCCCGUUCUUUGUCCUUACAAAGAAAUCAAUAUAACAAGCCAACAAAUAUCACCGAUGGUGGAAUGGACUCGAAAGAAAAUUAUCUUAAUAAACAAGAAGAGGGACAGGUUAUCAGUAACGAUACUUUAAUAUUACAGGGCGGUCUGUUGCAUUCGAAAAAAUAUUUGGAAAAGCAAAAUAUUAAAAAAGACAAUAAAAAGGAUACGACAAUUUCAAUAAAAAAUUUAGGUAUAAUUGGUGUUGAUACUUUAACAACUGGUGGUAAUACUACUACAAAUUUAGAAAAUAUUCAACAGGAUACAACGAACUUUCGUAUAAUCGGUGAAACGGGAACUAUUUGUACGGCCAUGCCGCGACCUUGGUACAAACGUAGCGUCUUUGAACAUUCUCGAGAUUCCACGACGUCUAGAAAGGCCGAUGUACUUCGUAAUUCGAGUACGACAAUCGGGACGACAGAUUCCAAAGAUGAAACUACGUUAAUCGGUGCUCAAUCAUUGUCAUCUAGUUUAACAUCUUCCUCUACUUAUUCCACGGAUUCAUCCCUGUCCAGAUUAAGUUUUUUUCAUCGUGGCGAACGACAAACGGAGGAAAGAAAACGCGACGUCAAAAGGAAAUCAGGAUUAUCAAUCUUAACGAACAUAAGCGAGCUCGACAAGGAAGCGGCAGCCAUUGUACAAGAGGAACAAGCCCGUGCACGUGCAUCGAUGCUUUUAAAAACUUCUAGAUUCACGGAAGCUUUUGAAAGGACAAGUGACGUUAACGAAGAACUCGUACAGGACAUGAUUGCAUCAGCGAUGGAAAAUUCAUCACCAAAACAACGCGGUACGCGUGCAUUGAUAUCAAAAUUCAAUGCCAUCAGUAAUAUAACCAAGGUCACUGUUAAUAGUAAUUUCUUUGCUAGUAGAAGGGAUCAACAGGGUACCAAAUUUGAACAGGACGUUAUCAGAAAAACUAGAAUAGAACAGACGGAAUUUAAAGAAAAUUCAUCGAAAUUCAGCCGUACCUGUCAAGGACAAAACGUUAAGGUAUACGACAAAGAUAUUUCCAAAUAUUUUUUACCCCAGCAACCAAAAAUUAUUACGACAACUACGACGACGACUACUAAAGUUGAGAGCAAAGAUUUGGAAAGUAAAUUAGCAACGUCCGAAAAUAAGUUACCACAGAAAAAGGAUAACAACGAUAGAUUGAUAAAAGAAACAUCCAGUAGGAUAUCAUUCUUACAAAGUCAACUAAUUGCUAAUCGAAUGAACAACGAGCCUUUAACUUCUGCCAAAGAUACGUUCUUACCAUUGAUGGAAGAAAAAAUGAGAUCUAAGAACGAACAAGUUGGGUUCAACGAUAAAAGGGAAAAAGAAAGGAAAAAGGAUAACGUUGUUUCGGGAGGAAUAAGUGGAGAUGGGGGUAAGGUUGGAUACUUAUUAUCACGUCCACGUGAUUCAUCUAGCCCUAAAAGCAUAGAAAAUGUGUUAACCAAAGAGCCUAGAAAAUUGUCCGAGCGUAACUUCGAGACUACGCAAAAAGAAUUUUCAAAUAUUUUCGACGAAAUUGAAAGACAAUUGCGUAUUAGAAAAGAAUCGAAACAUGCCUCUCAACUUACGCCAAUUUCCAAUCUCGAGGUACCCAAGGACAGGGAGAUAUUAUCUAUUGAAGAAGCAGAAGAGGCAGAAGAAGAGGAAAUAGAAAAAGAAAAAGAAAAAAAAGUAGAAGGGCAAGAGGAAGAGGAAGAAGAAGAAGAUGAAGGAAUAUCGAGUAAAGUGACUAAAGUGCUCGACAUCCUAGUGGAAGCCGAGAAAGAUGGGAAAGCAAAGAAGGCGAUUAUGCGAACGACGAAAUCGAUCCCGAUGGAAGAUGAGAUUCAUCGUAGUUUGAUCGAACCAACUUACAAUAAAUUCAAGCCAAAUAAAAAGACACCGGGCAGGUUGUUGAACACCGUGGAAGAUCGUGCUACCACAGAUUUGAAAGAAAUGUUGAAAGAAAUGAAACAUUCAUUACCGAAACGUCCGAAACCAAAGAAACCUAAGUCAACUGAUGAAGUAUUAUCGAUUAACAAUGAUUACUUGCCAAGUACUAGUAAGAUAUCUUAUAUAGCUAAAUCCGUAUUGAAAAAGGAAGCAACCCCAUUAAAUCAAGCACCUCAGUUAGAUUAUGAGAUUGAAAAGCAAAAAGUAUCCUCUUCCUCGCAAACGAGUGGAAAUUUACGUCGAUUGAAUCAACCGUCAACAUCUUCAUCUUCAUCUUCAUCUUCAGUUUCUUCCUCUACAGGAUGGAAACAAGAAGAUGUCGUUUACAGGACAUCCGGUAAAACUGUCUCGGGUUUGGCAUUAGCUAAGAACACUUUUCAAUUGAUUCGUCCUCGUGAUUUCGCUGUGAUAGAAGCUAUCAAGACAACCAAGGGACAACAACAACAACAACAGCAACAACAGUUACACAAGGAAAACACUUACGCGAAUGUAAUCGAACGAUCGCUUUACGCUAACGCCCUUGUUCCACCCACGACGAAGUACCAACGUGAUGAGGAAGAUCCUUCACGUGCUAAAGGGAUCCUUCAUUCUUCUCAGAGUGAUGUAGGAUUAUCAAAUAUAUCUCCUUCGAACGAACGACCAUUUCUACAAUAUGACGAGGAACCUAAAGAAGAAGACACGACGAACAAUAAUAUGAAUACCUUGGCAAUAAAUCGUUUGUUGAGAAAAUUGGAAGCAGCAAUAGCUUCGGGUCAUCAUCAGCAAGCUGCAGGAUUAGCAAAGGAAUUGGCAAGAUUAAAGAUUCAUUGUUCGGUUAUACGACAACGUACAGCUCGUUUAAAAGAUCGAUCGAUAAAGGUUAAUAUGUACAUAGAGGAUAAACUAGCGCAUCAAGGACCUAUACCUCUUCAGUUACCAAUGAGAAUGACGGUCGCCGAAUUGAAGAUUAAAGUCUACACGGAAUUCGAGAUACCAACUAACGUGCAACGUUGGAUUAUUGGAAAGAAUUUAGCUGAUCGUGAUGAGACUACGCUCGAGGAAUUACAGGCGAUCGAUGGUUCACCUAUUUUCUUAUAUCUCGUUGCACCGGAAUUGCAAAAGGAUUCCGUCGUAGUGCAAGCCGGGAAAUCAAACUCCUUGGAAGAACUUUCGAAGGUUGAGAAGGAAAUACAUCAACCGGAAGAAAAAGUAAUAACGACGAAGGAGGAAGUUAAACCGACUACUGUAACUCCUUACGAUAAACAGGUUGAACCGGAGGAAGAACAGACACCUGAGGAAGUCAAAAUGGAACGUUACGAGGAAUUAAUAUCAUUGGAAAAUUGUGAUGUUAUACCAAAUUCCGAAGCUAUCGAGUGUCCAAUAUGUUUCGUAACUUAUGGUCCACGUGAAGGUGUUAUUCUUAGAGAUUGUUUACACAUGUUUUGCAAAUUAUGUAUAGCAAACACAAUAAAAUAUUGCGAAGAUGCUGAAGUAAAAUGCCCAUACAGGGACACCGAAUAUACCUGCGAGUCAACGCUUCAGGAACGUGAAAUAAAAGCGCUCGUCGAAGCUGAAGUUUAUCAGCAACACCUUGCUAAGUCGAUUGCUCAAGCAGAGAACAAUGCUGGUAAUAAUGCGUUUCAUUGCAAAACACCGGAUUGUCCUGGUUGGUGUUAUUACGACGAUGACGUUAACAAUUUUCUCUGUCCCGUUUGCGGUGUCAAUAAUUGUUUAACCUGUCAGGCUGCGCAUACUGGAAAAAAUUGUAAACAAUAUCAACAAGAAUUAAGAUUAUCUAAAGAAACCGAUCAAGAAUCUCGUAGGACAGCAGCGAUGCUUGAAGAAAUGGUCGACAGGGGUGAAGCAUUGGCGUGUCCUACUUGUGCAGUUGUUCUCAUGAAAAAGUGGGGCUGCGAUUGGUUGAAAUGUUCGAUGUGUAAAACAGAAAUAUGUUGGGUAACACGAGGACCACGUUGGGGACCAGGAGGUAAAGGUGACACAUCCGGAGGCUGUAGGUGCGGAGAAAAUGGAGUCAAGUGUCAUCCUCGUUGCAAUUACUGUCACUGAGAACCAUCUAAAGUAUUCUGCUUAUUACCUUAUCAACGCGGAACAAACACAAUGCACCUCCUCUACCUAUUCAAAAACGUCAACUCGACCCACUACUAUUGCUAUUGAUAUUCUAAUGACGUUAGGGAUUCAAAAUAACACCUCAUUGUAUAUGAUUUCAAACAAUACCAGAAAGAAUGAGAACAAUUAAACUCGUCAUUAUCAAUUUAUAAUUAACAAGAUUUGUAAUAAAUGG